CCGUUGCCACCUUCACGACCUUCAUAAUAUCCACUCCGACCACCACAUAACCAUUGAAAGUCAGGAUAUCACAAAGACAACAUGGCGACAAAGAACAGGAUUAUUUUGGGUCUUAUGACCUUUGGGCCGGACGUCGAAUGGGGUGCCAAAACGACAUCGCUUGAGGAAUUCGGCACCUUCCUGGACCACUUCCAGGCUGCAGGCUACAGUGAAGGCGAUACUGCACGGACGUACCAGAAUGGCUCACAAGAAGGCUUCACAGCUGCAGUCGGUUACAAGAAGCGUAACCUCACCAUCGCGACCAAGCUUUAUCCUAUUUCAGCUGGAAAACAUGAGCCUAAGGCUCUGCGUGAGAAUUUCGAAGAGUCGCUGAGGCAGCUUCAGACUGAUUACGUUGAUAUCUUCUAUUUGCAUGCGCCGGACAGAAGUGUGCCCUUUGAAAGGACGCUUGGGGCCAUUAACGAGCUGCAUAAGGAAGGCAAGUUCAAGCAGUUUGGGUUGAGUAACUACGCUGCUUUCGAGGUUGCAGAAAUCGUUAUGAUAUGCCGCGAAAAGGGUUGGAUCCGACCAACUAUCUACCAAGGCUGUUACAACGCCAUAACGCGAGGGAUCGAGAGUGAGCUGGUACCUGCAUGUCGACGAUACGGUCUCGACAUCGUAAUCUACAACGGAUUGGCUGGUGGCCUUUUCACCGGGAAGUACAAAGCAGGUAAAACCGAGGCACCAGCACAAUCUUCGUUCGUGGACAGGAUCUACCGCACACGCUACGUUAAGGACGGCAAUCUUGAUGCGCUGAGCAUCAUCGAGCCCGUAGUCACUGCUCACGGCCUCACGCUGAUCGAGGUGGCGAUGCGAUGGCUCAUUCACCACAGCGCUCUGAAGAUGCGGACAGAGGGUGGGAACGAUGGUCUCAUCAUUGGAGCGAGUAGCCUUUCCCAGCUGGACAACAACCUGGCCCUGCUCGAAAAAGGUCCUUUGCCCAAGGAGGUUGUUGACGCAUUGGACGACGGAUGGAUGGCUGCAAAGGCAACAAGCGCGGAUUACUGGCACUUGGAUUUGAAGUAUACCUAUGAUACUCAAGAAGCACUUUUUGGGAAAGGCGUGCAGAGUCAAUUGUAAGUACGCCUGGUAUGAAAGAGCCACAGCCACAGGUGCUGCAAAUGGCCAUAGAAUAUCAUACAGGAUAGACAAAAUAUCUUCAUUAAGUGUCUGGCCUCAAAAGUAGUUGGCCAGUACGUCUCUGCAAUCGAUACGUAAUCAAUUGCUAGUCAGCCAGAUGAUCUUCUUCUCCAAGUGGCCGGUAGCCAAUAUCACCUCUAGGUUCCGGAGGCAAUCUCGUGCCUCUCCAAUCUUCAGAUCCAUGAACUUCAGGUAUGCACAGUGGCCGACAGCAAAGACUGAACUGUUGUGGUUUGGUGGAAGCCUUAUGGAGUGGGUAGUC